CUUGAAGAUUGAUCAGCACUUUAGGGUGUCCAAUUGGCGGCUAACUCGCCUGACUUUGCUUCGUUUCUCCGGGAAAUCAUCAACGAUGUCGAAGCCGGUUGCGGUGACUUCGCCGCUUGAUUUAACGAAGCCCCCAGCCAUUGAGGGCUUUACUUCUUUGCCCAGGCCUAAAGAGGAAGGGUUUGCGGACAAAUUCAUCAGGAAAACGAAGGAGAAUCCAUUCGUUCCGAUCGGACUGCUGGGUACAGCAGGUGCCCUUACCUAUGGUUUGAUUGCUUUCAAACAUGGCAAGACUCGACAGUCCCAGAUGUUAAUGCGAGCGAGAAUCUUUGCGCAAGGUUUCACUGUUGCUGCUAUCCUGGUUGGUGUGGUAGCCACUGCAAUGAAGCGCAAGGAAAAGUGAACUUCUAUUCUAUGAACAGAAUCAAGUGUAAAGUUGGAAGUUUGUAUUCUUUGGCAUUUGGAAUGUGAUUGUAACUCAUAAUAAUAAAAAAAGCUUAACUCUA